CGUCCCCGGCUUCCCAGCACAGCAUGGCGGUCAAGGUGUAAACAACCAAGAGAGGUGAUCCUCAUGAGUUAAGAAAUAUAUUCCUACAGUAUGCCAGUACUGAGGUCGAUGGAGAACAUUACAUGACCCCAGAAGACUUUGUGCAGCGUUAUCUUGGACUGUAUAAUGAUCCAAAUAGCAAUCCGAAGAUUGUGCAGCUCUUGGAAGGAGUAGCUGAUCAAACCAAGGAUGGGUUGAUCUCCUAUCAAGAGUUCUUGGCAUUUGAAUCUGUUUUAUGUGCUCCAGAUUCUAUGUUCAUAGGGGCUUUCCAAUUGUUUGACAAGAGUGGAAAUGGAGAGGUGACAUUUGAAAAUGUCAAAGAAAUAUUUGGACAAACUAUUAUUCAUCAUCAUAUCCCUUUUAACUGGGACUGUGAAUUUAUCCGACUGCAUUUUGGGCAUAAUCGGAAGAAGCAUCUUAACUACACAGAAUUCACACAGUUUCUCCAGGAGCUACAACUGGAACAUGCAAGACAAGCCUUUGCGCUGAAAGACAAAAGCAAAAGUGGCAUGAUUUCCGGUUUGGAUUUCAGUGACAUCAUGGUUACCAUUCGGUCUCACAUGCUUACUCCCUUCGUGGAGGAGAACUUAGUUUCAGCAGCUGGGGGAAGUAUAUCACAUCAGGUCAGCUUCUCCUACUUCAAUGCAUUUAACUCCUUACUGAACAACAUGGAGCUUGUUCGUAAGAUUUACAGCACUCUAGCCGGCACAAGGAAAGAUGUUGAAGUCACAAAAGAGGAAUUUGCGCAGAGUGCCAUACGCUAUGGACAGGUCACUCCACUAGAAAUUGAUAUCCUCUACCAACUUGCAGACUUAUAUAAUGCUACAGGGCGCUUGACUUUGGCAGAUAUUGAGAGAAUAGCCCCGUUGGCGGAGGGGGCCUUACCUUACAACCUGGCAGAACUUCAGAGACAGCAAUCUCAUGGUUUAGGCAGGCCUGUCUGGCUCCAGAUUGCCGAGUCUGCUUAUAGAUUCACUCUGGGCUCAGUUGCUGGAGCCGUGGGAGCCACCGCAGUAUACCCUAUAGAUCUGGUGAAAACCCGCAUGCAAAACCAGUGCGGCACUGGCUCUGUGGUUGGAGAGCUGAUGUACAAAAACAGCUUUGACUGUUUUAAGAAAGUCUUGUGCUACGAGGGCUUCUUUGGACUCUACCAGGGUCUGAUACCACAGCUUACAGGAGUUGCUCCAGAAAAGGCCAUUAAACUGACUGUUAAUGAUUUUGUCCGGGACAAAUUUACCAGAAGAGAUGGGUCCAUUCCACUUUUAGCAGAAAUCCUUGCUGGAGGUUGUGCUGGCGGCUCUCAAGUCAUCUUUACUAAUCCACUGGAGAUAGUAAAGAUUCGCCUGCAGGUAGCUGGAGAGAUCACCACAGGACCCAGGGUCAGUGCCCUGAAUGUACUCCGGGACCUGGGGCUUUUCGGUCUGUAUAAGGGUGCCAAAGCGUGUUUCCUCCGAGACAUUCCCUUCUCUGCAAUCUAUUUUCCUGUUUAUGCUCAUUGCAAACUGCUUCUGGCUGAUGAAAAUGGACACGUGGGAGGUGUGAAUCUCCUUGCAGCCGGAGCCAUGGCAGGUGUGCCUGCAGCUUCUCUGGUGACUCCCGCUGAUGUCAUCAAGACAAGACUGCAAGUGGCCGCCCGUGCAGGCCAGACGACAUACAGUGGCGUCAUUGACUGUUUCAGGAAGAUACUCCGGGAAGAGGGGCCCUCAGCAUUUUGGAAGGGGACUGCAGCUCGAGUGUUUCGAUCUUCUCCCCAGUUUGGUGUUACCUUGGUCUCCUAUGAACUUCUUCAGCGGUGGUUUUACGUUGAUUUUGGAGGCCUCAAACCCUCCGGCUCAGAACCAACACCUAAGUCACUCAUCGCAGACCUUCCUCCUGCCAAUCCCGACCACAUCGGUGGAUACAGACUUGCCACAGCCACUUUCGCUGGCAUUGAAAACAAGUGUGGCCUUUAUCUCCCCAAAUUUAAAUCUCCUAUGUUGCUGUAGUUCAGUCAAAGGCAGUGGCGGCAGCAGCUCAGUGAUGAGACAACUGUUGAGUGUGGCCAAAUGGUGCCCUGGAGAGAGAAGCCUAGAAGAGCAGCCCUGCAAUGUGUCCAGUCAGUUGCAUGGUGCUGACUGAGCUGAGGAGUCAAACUCUUCUUUCUAUAUGACAUAUACAUAUAUUUGUUUAUAAAGUAAUCAUUUGCCCAGGAAAAAGCAACAACGCAGUUUCGAGCUUUAGUGUUAAGUGUUGAAAUGUUUUCUAAGCCUUGGCAUGAAUUAGUGUUCUAGACUGCUUUGCACAGCUUGCACUUAUAGUGACUGUACAUAUUGUACAUCUUUGUACAGAGACAUCUUGGCACCUCAUCCCAACAAAUCACGUUUAUAGAAUGUACUGCGGUUCUAAGUGGCUUGAAAUGUACAGAAUGUUUUGAAAGUGUUUUAUUAAGAGUCACACAAAAAUAAAUGUAUUAAAAUUAAAAAAAAA